UCACUGGAGCCGCGGAUCCCAGCUGUAUGGGCGUGUACCGAGCCGCCCCCCCCUUGACAACGGGGGGUACCGGCCCGGCAGUGGAUGAUUUGUUGCGUUGUGGGAUAUGCUUUGAUUACUUUGAUAUUGCAAUGAUCAUACCACAGUGUUCACAUAACUAUUGUUCCCUUUGUAUACGCAAAUUUCUGUCUUACAAAACUCAAUGUCCAACAUGUUGUGUGGCAGUCACGGAACCUGACCUGAAAAAUAACCGGAUAUUAGAUGAGCUGGUAAAAAACUUUAAUUCUGCAAGGCAGCAACUGUUUGAGUUGGUCUUGGAUUCAUCACCAGUUUCUCCUUCAACAAACUAUACCAAAUAUUCUACUGGCAAAGGUCAUGCUGCGGGUUCCAUGGUUGGUUCAGCUUUAAAACAAGACAGACAACUUAUAGACCAUUUCUUGAUAAAGGAAAACACUCAGACCCCUAAAAGGACAUCUGUAGCUGCUGAGGUGGACUAUAAAGGUUGCAACAAUGAACAAGAAACAGAUAAUAGAUGUUGUAGUUCUGCAGAGACUCAUGAUGUGGUCAGUGAAGGGAUGGCAGCCACAAGUCCCGAAGGCAUGAGAAAUCCUGAGAAGCCCUCUACAUCUGUAAUGAAAGUAGUUACAAAAGUGGAUUGUCCUGUGUGUGAGGUUGCUAUUCCAGAGCAAUAUAUAAACAGACACCUAGAUAGUUGUUUGACGAGAGAUGAGAAGAAGGACAGUCUCAGAAGUUCUGGUCACAAAAGGAAGUCCCUGCCUAAAGUCGUUUACAACUUACUUUCUGACCGUGAUUUGAAGAAGAAGCUAAAGGAACGUGGGCUGUCUAUCCAAGGAACCAGGCAACAGCUCAUUAAAAGACAUCAAGAAUUUGUGCAUAUGCAUAAUGCUCAAUGUGAUUCUUUAAAUCCCAAAUCAGUUGCAGAAAUAGUGAAAGAGCUUGAAAACAACGAGAAAACUCGGACUCAACUUGAAUUUAAUAAAGCUGGUGAAAAUAGCAUGACAUUUACAAAGGACCAGACAGAAAAGGAAAUAGAUGAGAUUCACACCGAUUAUCGGAAUAAACAUAAAGGUGAAUUUCAGCUUUUAGUGGAUCAGGUAAAUAACCGAUGGAAGAAAACUGGUAAAAGGAAAAUCGAGAGCUUACAAGAGAGAGAAGCACCCACUGCUGAAGAACAGACUAUGGACACAGGAGAACAGAAUAUUAAAAAACAAUGCACUGACCAGAACUUUGUAACAGAUCAGUUACCUAAAGCCGAAAUACCUGAUUCUGACACAAGCAAUAAUUUGGCUGAGGGCUCAGAAUCUCUUUCUCCUCCAUUCUCAGAGUCGUCGGGAUCAGCAAGGAGCUCCAGCUCAGAUAUUUUGAGAGAUCUGCAAGAAGUUGAGAUGGUUUCAGAGUCAUCAGAUAAGUGAGUACAGUACAUGGAUGAAUGAGCAGCUUUCCAGACGUGAAAGUUAGCAAACGAAAAUCACGUCGCCCCAAAACACCAGAAAGUGGUCAAGUACUUCCCAGGAGUAAGCGGCGGAAGAACUAGCAAUAUGGUCACCUUACUUCUAAGCCUAUGCAGUCAACUGGAUGCUGUACGACGUUUCCAUACAGACUCCUUAUUUUUUCCCAGCAUAUUUGGAGCACUUAAGAAUUUAAAGCACUGAAAUUAUGUGUAUUCAUAUCAUUUUAACUGCCUUGAAAUAACAGAUUUACUUUAUGCUUUGCAUCAAAUGUGUUUGCUUACAAUACCACAGGCCAUUUCACUUUAAGAAUGGACAUACAGUAUCAGUAUCUUUCUAUAAACAUUUAACUCUUCUGCCCAUAUUUUUAGCAUGACAGAUAUAGUGUAUUGUGGGGGAAAUGGCUUUUAUCAUUUAGGACCAAAUUUUGACACCUUUUCUCACCUUGAAGAGUAGUUUGCUCCACAAGUAGCCCUCUUGAGAUCAGUGUGACUAGUUGUGGAGCAAGGUGUUGCUUAAUGGACAAGACUGGCACCUUAUAAAGGACAACGCGGUGUUGCACUGGUUCAGGAGUAGAGCACCGACUAAAUGGUGAUUGUCUCAGUUGAAUCCUUACUUCCCCCUUGCUGGAAGUGGGGAAGUAGGCUUUGCUGGUUCAUUUCCUUGCACUGCUUACCUCCACUCUGCUGGCUCAAUUGGUUGACUGGUGCACUGUGGGAGGCAG